AUGGCUUCUCGCAAUCAUGUCGUCCUUUUCCCACACGAGCAGACGGACCUACUGGGGGCAACGCACGACUUAAACGUGCGGUCCAAGACGCGUCCCCAGCUCCGCACCUUCCUCAAUGCGGCUUCGGCCGUUGUCCAUGAACAGGCCGUUGCCUUGGAUGGCUCUGAACGGGCGAGCAUUGGCGAGUUCGAGGAUCUCGUGGAGCUCGCCGAGCGACAUGUCAGGCGGCAUCGUUCAAGUGUGGUCGCCGAAAUAAUCCUCUUUACGACGAUUCAGAUCGGCCAGUUGGUAGUGCUUGCAGAGGAAACUCCUUCAAUCUUGUCGGCCACGUCGCUUCCUGUUGGAUUCGGUGUUGGAUUGAUAGCGGCGGCCGUUGCCGCUACGGCCAGCAAUGCAGAUGCAAUCGUCACCUUGGGCUUGGAAGCGGUCGCUAUUGCCUUCCGUCUGGCUAUUGACUUGCAACGGACCGCCAGGGACAUUGAAGAUUCGGACGGCGAAUGGGCGCGCGUCGUCUCCGGCUUCAGCCAGGAGGAGCUCCGAGAGCGAGUAGAAAAGGCCAACGACACGCUACGACCACUCCACCGCGCAUAUAUCGGCCAAGUCUUACCGGCGAGCGUGGUCGUGUUCGGGCCGCCCUCUACCUUGGACGCCCUUGCACGGACACCGGAUUUUGCCAAAGCCAUUACAUCCCCUCCUACACCUAUCCGGUGUCCUAUGUACUGUUCACAUCUUCCGCCGGUCGAUGCCGCUCGGAUAGUGGGCGUCUCUCCAUGCCUCGAUACAUACACCGCUGAAAGACCGAUGUAUUCAGCCCACUCUCUCACCGGAUGGCCCGCGGCCACAACUCUCGGUGAGCUAUUGCGCCUCGCAGUUUCCGAGAUCGUCCACAAGCCAUUACAGAUCGAAGAAACAGCUCGAGCCGUAGCAGUGGCACUCCAAGAGACAGGCAAGUCUGACGUCGUGCUUACGACAGUCGGCUCGACCUGGGAUGCCUCCGAAGUGCGAUACAUAUUCCAACAACACGGUCAGGUUCUCCACAUUGAGGAAUCGGCGCCAUGCCCAAAGCCAUUUGGCGAGGAUGUCGGGAGCAUACCACCGGAUGCAAUCGCUGUGGUUGGAAUGUCUGGACGAUUUCCUGAAAGCGACACGCUGGACGAGUUCUGGCGCCUAUUGGACACUGGGACGACGACCCACCAGGAGAUUCCGUCAUCACGCUUCUGCGUAGAUGACUUCUACGAUCCAUCUCGCUCGAAGCACAAUGCGCUCUUCGCGCGCCAUGGGUGUUUCAUCAAGAAGCCCGGCGACUUUGAUCAUCGGCUGUUUAACAUCUCGCCUCGCGAGGCACUACAGAUGGACCCGGUGCAGCGCAUGCUGCUUAUGACGACAUACGAAUCGUUGGAGAUGGCUGGUUACGGACCUGCCGCAGCUGCUGGUGGCGAGCAGAAUCCGCCACGGAUCGCCACAUACUUCGGUCAGACGACGGAUGACUGGAAGGCAAUCAACGAGCAACAAGGCAUCGAUACACACUUCUUGCCAGGAGUCAACCGCGGCUUCGCGCCCGGGCGCCUAUGUCACUACUUCCAAUGGGCCGGCGGCUUCUUCAGCAUUGAUACGGGCUGCUCCUCAAGUGCCACAGGCCUCUGCCUUGCCCGCGAUGCGCUUACGACGGGCGAAUGCGACGCGGCCGUAGUGGGAGGCGGCACGCUGCUCAAUGCCCCUGAGUGGUUUGCCGGUCUGAGCCAAGGGGGCUUCCUCUCGCCUACGGGUGCCUGCAAGACGUAUUCGGAUCGCGCUGACGGAUACUGUCGUGGCGAGGGCGUCGCCGUCGUAGUGUUAAAGCGCCUGGCAGACGCGGUCCGGGCAAAGGACAAUAUCCUCGCAGUCCUCGCCGGCGCCGCUCGCAACUGCAACGCUGGCGCUGGCUCCAUCACGUACCCUGGUGAGCGCGCUCAGGAGGCCCUUUAUCGUCGCGUACUGCGGCAGGCAGCGGUGCGCCCACAUGAUGUGGGCUUUGUCGAAAUGCAUGGUACGGGAACGCAAGCGGGUGACCGCGUCGAGAUGGCAGCGGUGCAGAAGGUCUUCGCGGAGUCGCAGCGGGCGAAGCCGCUCAUUGUCGGUGCUGUCAAGGCUUGCAUUGGACAUAGCGAGGCUGCAGCGGGCGUCGUGUCCAUGAUCAAGGCCAUUCUCAUCCUCCAGCGCGAUACCAUCCCCCCACAACCCGGCCAGCCGUUUACUCUCAACCCGCACCUCACUCCCCUCCUAGACCAUGGCAUACAACUCGCCAAUGGCCAGGCAUGGCUACGGGAUGGAACGACGCCUCGCUACGUCUUCGUCAACAACUUCGACGCCGCCGGAGGCAACGUGAGUUUGCUACUCCAGGAUGCUCCGUCCUUCGCCCUGGCGCCGCCGCCGUCACAGCUAGACGGACGAACGUACCAUGUUGUAGUUACGUCCGGCCGCACUACGGCGGCACACGACGCGAACAAACGUCGUCUACAGCAAUACGUCAAGGGGCACCCGGACAUCCGGCUAGCUGACCUGGCCUACACGACCACUGCCCGGCGCAUGCAUCAGAUGCACCGCGAGGCGUAUGUGGCCGCGUCCACCGCAGAGCUUCUGCGUCAGCUGGAACAGCCUACGCCGCCACCGGCUACCAAGGCAUCAUCGGUGGUGUUCGCCUUCACGGGCCAGGGCGCGCAGCAUGUGGGCAUGGGCGGCACGCUGUAUCGUACGUCGCCCACGUUCCGUCGCCUGCUCGACUCGUACCAGCGCCUCUGUAACGCGCAGGGGCUAGACUGCCAGUUCCUCGACAUCAUCUGCGGAUCGGGAGACGUGACAUCAACAGGUGCAGCCACCAUCGAGCGCGACUUGCAAGUAGCGACCGUUGCCCUCGAGAUCGCCCUCGCACGAUAUUGGCAGUCACUCGGUUUGCGCCCGACACUGCUCAUCGGACAUAGUCUGGGCGAAUAUGCGGCUCUCUGUAUCGCUGGUGUGCUGUCAGUGGGCGACGCGCUCGCCUUGGCCUACGAGCGUGCUACACUUAUCUUCACCAAGUGCCGGCCAUCGGAGGCAGGCAUGGUGGCUGUCGCUCUCCCCGCAAAUACAGUCAAGUACCGUUUACGGGAUUCAGCGGCCACACUGGGAUGCGAAAUAUGCUGCAUCAAUGGCCCGUCCAGCACUGUCGUCGGUGGUCCCCUCACCGCCAUCGAGGCGCUCGAAGUCAAUCUGAAAUCGGAUGGAAAGGCGGCGACUACGCGCUUGCGCGUCCAGCACGCAUUCCACACCCGCCAGAUGGAUCCUGUCCUGGACCAGCUCGAAUCGACCGCAUCGCGUGUCAACUUCCACCCGCCCACUGUUCCGGUGGCGUCUACUUUGCUCGGUCGGAUCGUGCAGCCCGGCGACAACGGUGUCUUCAACGCGCACUACCUGCGUCGCCAUACUCGCGAGCCGGUUGCGUUCCUUGAUGCGGUACGUGCGUGCCAAACAGAAGGGCUGAUUCAGGAUCAGUCGCUCGUCGUCGAGGUCGGACCCCAUCCCGUAUGUAUUGGUCUUAUGGCUUCUUCGCUCCAGGGAGUGAGCCCGAGCACAUGUCCCAGUCUACGUCGCGGGCGUGACGAGUGGGAGUCUAUUUCUCAGUGCCUUGCCGCCGCACAUCGCGCACAGCUCCCCAUAGCGUGGGCGGAAUUCCACAAGGACCAUCUCGAACACCUCCGCCUACUGAGUGGGCUGCCAACGUACGCAUUCGAAAACAAAAGCUUUUGGUUCUCGUACAAUAGCACUGCUGCGCCUAAUAGCACGCCCGACGGAGUCCCGCGAACUUCGCCCUUGGCCGGCUCAAGACUCUCCUCUACAUGCCUCCAUUCGAUCGAGCAGCUGCGGAAGGAUGGGACCCGAGUACUGGCGACGUUUACGGCCGACCUGUCCAAGCAUGAGCUUGCGAAGGCCAUCGGCGGUCACGUCGUCGAUGGCGUGGCUAUCUGCCCGGCAAGCAUCUUCAUCGAUAUGGCGUACACUGCCGCAGCAUACCUCGAAAAAGAGAGCCGCAAUGUACCAAACACAUCUUUGGCCACAUACGAGCUGUCCAGUCUGAGCAUGCAAAACCCGUUGGUGCUGCGUGAAGAUGAUGAAGCACCACGCUUCUGGGUGGAAGCAGAGCUCGACCAAUCCACCGACAUCGUCUCAGUUCGCUUCUUGUCCCAGCGCGGAGAGGGAAUUCCGAAGCAGCAUGGGUCCUGUUUCAUCCGGCUCAGCCAGCCCGAUGCGCCCUGCACUCAAGCAUGGUCCCGAAUGCAGCCGCUAGUCCAGGCACGAGUGCGCAGCCUCAAUACCUCCUUACGUCCCAGAGAGGUCCACGCGAUGGACCGACGCCUGUUUUACAAGAUAUUUUCCGAAAUAGUCGACUACUCGGCACCCUACCACGCAGUAGAGGAGGCCACCGUGGCGGCCGACUUUCACGAUGCCGCCAUAGUCCUCCAAAUGACACCCUCAGUGCAUCUGGGCACCUUUACUUGCAGCCCUUUCGUGAUCGACGCCCUCGUCCAUGUUGCUGGUUUCCUGCUCAACGCAGACGUACGGAAGCCCAAGAAUGAAGUCCACAUCGCCAAUCACAUCGGGUCGUUGCGCAUCCUGGGCGAUCUGUCAUCCUCUGGGCCGUUCCGCGCCUACACUACCAUUCGAGAGCAGGAUAGCAAAACUGGGACCAGCCUAUGCGAUGUGUACCUCACUGAUAGCCAGGACAAGCUUGUCGCAAUCUGCACAGACAUAUGCUUCAAGAGGCUCGAGCGAGACUUCUUCGCAAUGCUGACAGGCUCCGCUCGCGCGCUUCCACCAAGGCCGCGCGUGAAGAGCGGCAGCUCUUCAGCAACACCCACAUCUGUAUCUACGCCAGCAUCGGAAAGCAGUUUGUCGGAUAUGGUAGACCUCUCAGCGGAACUGUUUGACGCGGUCGCGGCGCGGAGUGGCAUCAGCGUGGCCGAAUUGAAAAAGUCAACCAGCACGACGUUUGCGGACAUGGGUGUUGACUCCCAGAUGAGCAUCGCUAUCCUAGCCGACUUCCAGAAGGCCACGGCCGUCGAGCUGCCGGCGGCAUUCUUCGCCAACUUCCCAACUCCAGCUGCAGUGGGGAAAGAACUGGGCAGUCCUCAGCUGGAAGAUAUUACGGAGCCCGCGCGGACAACCCGAGCGGCAUCCCCUGCCUCGCCGAAGCGUAGGAGCAGGAAGCAGAGUCCAGCACUUGCUGGGCCGAGUAAGAAGCUUUUCCAACUCCUCGCUAAUGCGCUGGGCCUCGAAACCAGCGAUCUCACGCCGUCGACCACGUUUGAGUCCAUCGGCCUGGACUCGAUGCUAAGCAUCAAGAUCAUAUCUGAGUUCCAACAAGAGACCCAGAUCGAAUUGCCAGCGGCCUUCUUCGCCGACCACCAGACAGUAGCGGCCGUACGAGAGGAGUUGGAUGGGGCAUUGGAGACGACGGAACCGGAAGGAAUACCGCGGAGCCAGUCUCCUGUGAUCAAGUCGCAUCCUCCUGUCACUCCUGCGGCGAAGACGACGAGCGAGUCGACCCGGCAGCACAAGAUCGAUAGCGCUGUCUCCCGGGCCGUUUUGAUCCAGGGACAGUCGAGGUCUCGCGCAGCUCCGUUGUUCAUGACUACCGACGGGUCGGGGACAGUAGAGUCGUACAUUCAUCUGAGCGCGCUUCCGCAGGGCCGUCGCAUUUACGGACUCGAGUCGCCAUUCCUGGAGUGCCCGGAGGUGUUUGACCUGUCCAUCGAGGAGAUGGCUUCUAUAUUUGUCCGAUCCAUCCGCAAGAUCCAACCGCAUGGGCCGUACCUCAUUGGCGGCUGGUCAGCAGGCUCUAUCUACGCCUACGAGGUCGCGCAUCGCCUAACUAGGGAAGGCGAGACCAUUUUGGCGCUUAUCAUUCUCGAUAUGCGCGCCCCUUCCCUCAUUCCUACUACUAUCGUCACGACUGAUUUUGUCGACAAGCUUGGCACAUUCGAAGGCAUCAAUCGCGCCCGCGACCUCCCCGAGGAUCUCUCCGUCAAAGAGAAGGCGCAUCUCAUGGCGACGUGCCGCGCUUUGUCCCGGUAUGAUGCGCCCGCCUUCCCCGCCGACCGCCAGCCGCGGCAGGCGGUCGUCGUCUGGGCGCGCCUCGGUCUCGACAAUCGGGAGGAUGCCCCUGUCGCUGCCAUGGUCCGCCCAGGCCUCGAUAUCGACAAGCCACUGAGCGAAAUGACACUGCCGGAUUUCGAACGCUAUUUUAAUUCGUGGUUCUACGGUCGGCGCGAGCAGUUUGGGACCAACGGGUGGGAGACCCUUCUUGGGGAUCACAUAUCGGUGCAUACUGUGGAUGGAGAUCAUUUCAGCAUGAUGUGCCCGCCAUAUUCCGGCGCGGUUGGGACCAUCGUCGUCGACGCGGUAGCACAAGCGGUAGCUGUGGAGUGA